AUGGUUUCUGUGCCAAAGCUUCUGCAGGUGCUUUCUCGUGUCAUUCAGGCCCCUCAUCCAAGCUUCACUCAGUCGCACGCGCAUGCUGUCCUGCAAUUCAUCUCAAGCAUGCCAGCGGAUCAACGUAGCCGCACGGACACGCUAAAUAUGAUGAAGAUCGUUUUACACUGCCCCUAUGCCUCGAUGUUGUUUGCACGCCACUCUAAAAUUGGCGAAAAGACGGUAACCGCAUUCCUCGUUGAGCGUGUUCACAACGACAUGGAAGUGGAGGAGGGACUCCGACAGGUUAUUCGGGCCGUGAGUGUCAGCAAUGAGCUUUCCACUUCCGUACUGUUGACGAUGGUGAGGAGGAUUUCGCGAAUGCAACGUGACAAGGCGCUACCCUCUUUCGUCGCUGCAUGGGAGCGUGAUGACGCGCUGGCGGAUGAACUAUUGUGUCGAGUUGUGGCCCGUAUGCCGGCUACAGGAGAUAUGAUACGUGGAUGCAGUUCCAGCGCCAUGUUAACGCAAAAGGCAAUGCACAAGAGGAAGUGUAUGACCUUUGAGAAGCCAGAGUUGCUCUUCUUCGCAUCCACCGUACGGCACGUGACACUGGCACGCGUGAGUCGGUUGGGAAAAGACCGCAAUAUGCCAGCUGGCGCCGCGAUGGACAUUCUUCCUGCGAAUGUUGUGGAUUCUUUGGUGCGGUGCGUUGAGUCCCUUCCCGUCUUUUCUUGCAGUGACGCCCCGCUGCAGCCCGAUGAGUGGGGGCUUUUGGCGCACCUUAUCUGCUGCUGUGAUGCUCGCGUACACAGACUUGGGAAAAGCCUGUGGGUGCAGAAGGCGCAACAACAACAGCCCCAGGGGAUUAUGGACGUUGGCAGUGGGGUGUUGCUGACGUCCAUCCUCGCGGGUUUUUUGUACACAAUGAGAGGAGUGCAGAAGCGCGAUGCCAUGGAGUUGUGGAUUGACAUCGUGACGGAUCCUCAAUCCCUACCUAUGAUGAAGGAAAAAUUUCUGUUUAUGCUUCUUGGCGAUAUUGCCGCAUGCAUUCAAGGUGGUGCUGAGGGUUCUACACGCGAGCGCCUUUGUGCAGGGGGCGAACGUGUCCUUCACGCACUGGAUGCAUUGUCAUCUUUUAGCGGCGUGAAGGCGCGUCUGUCGUUCACACGUGUACUUCCGUCAUUGGAGACACCAGAGGAGGCAAUGAAAACACUCACUCGAAUAAUGGAUGUGCUCGCGUCGCCCAAUGAGUUGGACUAUGACUAUAUCCGUGAAGUGUCGGAUUUUUUGCGGUACGCACGCAAGACUUCUCUAGUCAACGAGCGCGAGCUGACCGCUGCGACGACAAUGCUAGCUGAGUGCACACUACGUCUCUUGCCAUUGCCCUCGGGUACUCGCAACCACGUUGUGACCAUGGUUUCCGCGUUGAUCUCCUUCACAGCGGCGCUGCGUGACAUUCAAGCAAAGGACUCGCUGGAGGAAGAUGAUUGCAGGUCGCGAGAUUUGUUUAAGAAAAUUGUGAUCGAGUUUUUGCACGGUCAGCCAUCGCAUGCAGAACCGGAUGUCGUUUCGUUAUUGCUGCAGAUGAUGGAGCUGCUCGACCUUGCCUCUGACCCGCAGUACACGACAGCGGUGCGUGAGCUCAUUCUCGCUGCGUUGCGGAUGGUGCCAGAUAUGGCGCAGGAUAUUCCUCCCCACACGGCGCAGCACUGCUACGACGUGGUGCUGCGCGCCAUUCGCUUCCACGUGGUGGACGAAGAGGUGCUUGCCGCCGCGUCAGCGGCGCUGCGGCAUGUCACGGAUAUCGCUCCGCUUAGAGGCAUGAACUGGGAGCAGCGGACGCUAAUGGUUGAGCGGGGCGCCGCCGCGUACCGUGAGCUGUCGCGCACUUUCUCUGUUUCAAAGGGGGCGAGACGACUGGCGAGGCAGGUGCUUGUUGUGGCUGCCCUGGUCGCCUCGGAGAAGGUUGAACUUCCACGUACGGCGGAGGUAUUUGCCGGGGCGCAGUACAAAGGGCGGGAACGGGCAACACUACGGCGGUGCGCACACACGCUGUGGUCGCUAGCGUUGCGUUCGACUCUUUCGCCCAUUCCGCGAACCCCUGUUGAUCGCUACGUGGCGCCAUUGCUGCGCUUUGCGAAGAAGCACUGGAUUUCUGAGAAGCUGGCGGCUGGAACGUUGUCACCGGGGGGUGCAACACCGCCAAUAUCGGAAGGAGUGGUUGAUGCAGCAGCGUGCAGCGUUGAUGAUGAGUUGAGUCGUGAAAUACUGGAUAAUAUGCUGCCACUGCUUCAACAGAUUAUGGUUUCUGCCUUCACUGACAAGGUGUCUUUCAGCGCCAAUCUUCGGCGCAACAAACUCAUCAUCUCUACAGCGUGUGACAUCUUGGAGCGGAAUAGCGCUUUCUUGACACCGUGUGUGUGGUUUCACGCGCAGCGUACUCUCUCACAUCUCCCUGCAAUACUCCCAGGCCAGUGCACUCCUCUCCAGACACGUGUGCUACAGGCUGCGCUUACACAAACACUGCAUAACGUGCGAGCGUGUGGGAACCGUGGGACGUGGCACCUCUCGGGGCACCAGGCGAUCCAACAACAGGAAGUUGAGAAUAAUAUCAUUCUAGACGCUAAGCGAAUUGGUGAUAUGUUUUCCUGUGCUGAUAUCAUUAAGGAUGUGGAUCUGCGGGCGUACCUCAUUUUGCUUGCCACGGAGCAGCUGGCGAUGGUGGACACCGAGCCGUUACAGGAAGAGAAUGUGGCGGUCUCAGGGGAUAAGAAGGCACAGUGGAUUUGCUUGAACAGGGUCAUAGCGACUCUGCGGCGUGGCGUCGUUUUGUACUAUUAA